GUGUUUAUGAAAGGGGAGGGGGGGCAAAAAGUAACAAAACAGUGUAGUAGUCUGAGGAUAUUGUCAGGGGCUGGCAAAACGUGCAGCCCUUAUUUAAUCCGAAAGGAAGGGCGAUAUUUUUUAUGUCGGUUUAAUGAAAUAGUUUAGCAUUGGAUUCGUGUGCAGUUCUUGCAAUAUGGCUAACAACACUGCGUUGGUGGCUGGGACUCAGCAGCAGCAACAGCAACAGGCCGCGAACAAACCAGCGGCGUCCGGAAAGCAGGGGAACGUCCUACCCCUUUGGGGCAACGAGAAGACUAUGAAUCUUAACCCCAUGAUCCUGACCAACGUUCUCUCAUCCCCCUACUUUAAGGUGCAGCUGUACGAGUUGAAAACCUACCACGAGGUCGUGGACGAGAUUUACUUCAAGGUUACACAUAUAGAACCAUGGGAAAAAGGCAGCAGAAAAACAGCAGGCCAGACUGGCAUGUGCGGCGGGGUUCGAGGGGUUGGAACUGGCGGCAUAGUAUCUACAGCUUUCUGCCUAUUGUACAAAUUGUUUACGCUUAAACUAACCCGGAAACAAGUAAUGGGACUGAUUACUCACACAGAUUCUCCGUACAUCAGGGCUCUUGGCUUCAUGUAUAUCCGGUAUACACAGCCUCCUUCAGACCUUUUGGAUUGGUUUGAUGCAUUCCUUGAUGAUGAGGAGGAGCUCGAUGUAAAAGCUGGUGGAGGCUGUGUUAUGACAAUUGGUGAAAUGCUUCGCUCUUUCCUUUCAAAACUUGAAUGGUUUUCAACCCUCUUCCCAAGAAUUCCAGUUCCAGUUCAAAAAAUGAUAGACCAGCAGUUGAAAAGCAGACCAAGAAAAAUUGCUAAAAAAGAUGGCAAGGAUGAUGUUGAAGAACCUGUGCGACACACUGAUCGUAGGCGCUCAAGGUCUCCAAAAAGAUCUACCAGUCCUCGCAGGUCUCCACAAAGAUCUCGGAGUCGGAGUCAUCAUGAUGGACAUGGCUCAACCAGUUUUGACAGGGAGUUGGAAAGAGAGCGUGAAAGGCAAAGAAAAGAAAGGGAGAUCAGAGAUAGAGGGGACAAGGAGAGAAGACGUUCACGAAGUCCUGAUAGAGUAGUUGAGCGCCGACGCAGUAGGAGCAAAGAGAGGCGGCGUAGUCGCAGUUGGAGUAAGGAGAAAAAAAACGAUAGGAGAGAAAGAGAUAAGGAAAGGGAAAAGGAAAACGAGAGAAGUAAAAGGAAAGAGCGCGAUCAUGAAAAAGAAAGAGUAAGUGAUAGGGACCGAGAGUGGGAUAAAUCUAGAGAUGUUGAAAAAUCUAAAGAAAAAAGAAGCAAGGUAGAAUCUGAAGAAAGAAAACAAAAAGAUGACAAGGAGGAGAAGCGGCACAAGGAUGAACGUAAAAUUAAGAGACACAGUAGAAGUCGAAGCAGAGAGAGAAAGCAUAGAAGUAGGAGUCAGAGCAAGAGUCGAGGUGGCAAACGCAGCAGAAGUAAAAGCAAAGAGAGAUCAAAUAAACACAAGUCAGAAAAAUCAAACAAGCGAAGUAGGUCUGGAAGUAGAGGGAAGGUAGAUGCAGAUGAAAAGAUCAAAAAGAAAGAGCGUAGUCAUAGUAAGGAGAAGGCGCACAAGCGUAGUAGAAGUAAAGAAAGAACCCACAGGAGGGAGAACAAUGAAAAUAAGGAACACUCAAGUAAACAUGAGCGAAGGAGAAGUCAGAGCGCUGACUGUGGUGAAAGACUUUGAAACUCUGAACUAAAUGGUUAUUUUUUUUUUUAUUAUUAUUUUUUUUUUAAAUAUAUCAUUGUUUCUUGCCCCCAAACUAUUAAACUGCUUGUUUAAUGUUUAUGAAUACUUACCAUAAACAUUUAUCUAAUUUCUCCUAGAAUUCAUUUUUCAUUUCCUUAUAGCAGGCAAGUGCCUUUGGUAAUUUUUCACUGACCAUUAUAGACUGCCCAUGAUUCAAAGGUUGUACCUCGGCCAGCGUGUUCACCUGCCUUUUUUUUUUUUUUUUUCCUCCCCUCCCCCUGUUUUUCUUGCCCUAAUUUUUAAAGUUUCCAGAAAUACUCUGUACAUAUGUUCUGAGAAUGUUUUAAUUUGUAUGGAGCAAAUAUGUUGUUAAAUUUGUAUAAGGCAAUAAACUGCCAGAAAUUAUGUGCUCUGUGGUUAAUUACUUUGGUGCAUUUUUUUAAUAAAACGUUUAUCAAAACACA